CUUAUGAAGUCAAGAUCUAAGAUCCAGUUAGUGCUCAUGAAUCCUAUCCCCAGACUCAUAAUAUCUCACUCGCAGGCUAAGCUUAUCAUCCAUUUCGACCUAAUUGAUAUCAGUAGUAAUUUGAUGGCUUCAUUUUCAUCAUUUCUCUUUAUAACUUCUACCCUUGUUAUAGUCUUAAUCUCUGUUCCAUUUUCAAAUGCUCAACCUACUUCUUCAUCCAGACCUCAAGGGGUCGUCCUUCCCAUCACUAAAGAUGCAUCAACUCUUCAGUAUCUGACUUACAUGAAGCAAAGAACUCCUCUAGCUUCCGAAAGCCUAGUCAUUGAUCUGGCUGGUGAAUUCCAAUGGGUUGAUUGCGAGAAUGGUUAUGUUUCAUCAUCUAACCGCACGCUCAGAUGCUUGGAGAAAGAGUGUGGAUGGAUCAGCUCUGUCUCAUGCGGACGACCUCCUACGCCGCCAGAACUUCAGCCAUGCCUUGGUUACGUAUAUUUAUCCAACAAAGGUGUCUUUGCAUCAGAUGUUGUAGCCAUACAGUCAUCUGUAAAUGGGUCUAUAGCAGGUCCUCAUGUAGCGAUUAAGAAGUUUUUAUUCGGUUGUGGAUCAACUUAUUUCUUACAAGGGCUUGCCAAGGGUGUUAAAGGAGUAGCUGGUUUCGGAGCUUUUCAGGUUUCGAUACCUUCACAGUUUUCACGGGCACUGCGUAUCCCACGAGUAUUUUCGAUGUGCUUACCAUCAUCGACAGCAUUUUCAUCAAAAGGUGUCAUAUUUGUUGGUGGGGGGUCAUACAAAAUGCAACCAGGUAUUGAUCUCUCAUCUUCACUGACCUAUAUUCCUUUUCAUAGCAGUCUUAUUGGACCUAGUUACACAUCUGGGUAUUACAUUCAAGUAAAAUCAAUCAAUAUCGGCGGAAAAGAAGUUCCCAUGGUUAGUGAUAAUAUUACUUUUGACAACUUGGGGUUCAUGAAAUUAACGUCUAUUAGCACCUUAAAUCCUUAUACUGUUCUUCCUUCAUCUGUUUAUAAACCAUUCAUUAGCAUAUUUAUCGAGAAAUCUAGAGCUAUGGGUAUUGCUAGAGUGGCUUCAGUAGCACCUUUUGGUGCUUGUUUUGACUCAAGCAAUAUAAUUAGUACACGUCUUGGAGGUCUUGUGCCAGAGAUAAAUUUCGUCUUGCAUACAAAGAAAGCAGUAUGGAAGUUUUAUGGCUCCAAUUCUAUGGUUAAAGUUAGUAAUAAUGUUUCCUGUUUGGGAUUUGUCGAUGGAGGUGAAUAUGCAAACCUUGUUAUCGGUGGGCACCAGCUGGAAGAUAAUCUAUUGGAGUUCAAUCUUGCAAAGAAGAUCUUGGGAUUCACAUCAGCACUUGCUCAACAGACAUCUUGCUCUAACUUCAAGCUAGGUAGAAAUUUCUUAGCCGCUCGCUUGUAACGAAAUGGCACUUGCUUACCUUGAAAAAGAACUUUGAAUAAACAGAUCUGGCAACAUUUGAUGAUGGGUCUUUAGUUUCCCCUAAUACAACCUUAUAUUUGAAUUCAAUAAUCUGUAUUGGGUGGUUGA